AUGGCGUUAGUCAUCCGUCGUCAGCUUGGCGAAGACUAUUUCGAUGAAGAAGAAGUGGAGCAAGAUGCAACUGAAGUCGAGAAAAUGAUUGAAGAAUUUGUGGAUGAGCCUCUAAUUUGUCACGAUGAUAUUCCAGAGAGUGAUGACGAGGAAGAGGCAGCUCCGAGGAGGCCGAGACGGCGAACCUACUACAUCCGUGGUAAUGGGAGAUUGUAUCUCGAUCAGACAGAUUUCAAGGAGAAUAUCCUCGACUAUGUGCUGAGAACUGGACGUAAUUUGUCGCAGACAAGGUAUGAUAAGACUAACAUAUCAUUUAAGUCUAUUGGUGGUGAUAAAGAAAGUGGAGGUUGUAAAUGGCGAGUCUAUGCUUCUACUCUUCCAAAUGAUGAUGUGUGGAAGAUUAGGAUUUUUGUAGAUGAGCAUUCAUGUACACCUAAUGGAGAUGUUGACAUGUUAAAGGUUCCACAAAUCGCUAGGUUGUUUCUUGAUAAAAUUAGAGAGGAACCUAAGUACUAUAUGCCUAUGAAUAUUGAAGAAAAGAUUAGGGAGGAGUGGGGAAUUACUGUAUCAAGGCCACAAUGUCAAGCAGCUAGGAAUAAGGCAUUGAGGUGGAUCGAGUGUGAGUAUGAUCGCUAG